AUGCGGCAUAGUAAAUCCAAACUCGAGAUAUUUACUGUCAAAGUGGAAUCAGAUGACUUUAAUGACAUACAGAAUUUGACCGAACUUGCACUCUCAGUUGAAAACCGGUUCGAAGAUAUUCUUGAAAACGAGCGAGAAUUAUCGAGGACAGAUGAGUCUUUAGAAGAACGAUUGGAGAUACUAGAAGACUUAGGAUUCUCUGAAAAUGAAAUGGGCAGUGGGGAAGACAGUCUUCCAUCCAACGAAGAGGAUGACGAUUUCAGAGCCGAAAUGAGAGUUUUUAAGAAUCAGAUGAUCUCAUUCAUGCCACUACUUAACAGCCUCUAUGAAAUGGGAAUCAUGGAAAAAAUGAGAAAAUUUGAUGAAUUAAGAGGAAGCUCAAUGGGAGCUCCUGACGUGAGUGAUCAAAUCGGGAAAGCCGAGAGUCGAAUGACCGAGAUUCUUCAACAAGAAAAAACCGAACUUCUUGAGGCACUGAAAACUUCAAGCAGACGUGCGAAUAAAAAAGUGAAAAAUGUUGAAGAAGAAGUUGUCGCGCUCAAGGCAGAAUUGAAGCAAAAAGAAAAUGUAUUUAAAAUGGAACUAGAUGCUCUUAGAAGAAAGCUCCAGGAAAGAAAGACUUUACGAUUCUAUGACGAUAUUUAUGGCGAUAUAAUGAAUUCUACGAUGACUCCUGUUAGUGAAGAUGAAGAAACCGAAGAUGAACGCGAAGAGAAUAAAACAAAUUUGAUAAUUAUCGGAGGCGAAGGUCAUGCUCACACUUUUGACCAACUUGAUCUCAAUACGAUGAAACUUUCGCAUCUAUACAAGUAG